AUGGGAGGGUGCUUAUCGGUGGAGGUGAUUGCAGAGAGCGCGCCCAGUUCGCCCUUCGGUAACGUCACAUCCACCACGCCCAGAUCCCGCGCUCAUUCCGUCGUUUCCACCCCUGGUGGUAACCAGCGUUACGCGACAGGGUUUUCGCCACGAACGCCGAGGGAAGCUGGGGAUGGGAGCGAGGCGGAGGGUAACGGAGCAGGGGGCGGAGGGGUGGCGGGUGGAGGGGGGAAGUUUAGAAGGGGCGCGGGGAGGGGGAAAAGGGUGGGGAGCGGAGUUGGCGGAGCGAAGGCCGUGUCUAGCGGCGGGGGGAGAGGGGGCGGAGGGGAGGGAGGGGAAGGAGGGUGGGGACGGGGAGCGGAGAGGCAAGGGGGGGCGGUAGGGAGGGGGAAUGGGAGAGGGGGAGGAGGGGACGGGUACGGCGGAGGUGGCAACUUGGCAGCACCGCAGAGCGUGCCUGUGGAGCAAACAGCUGGUGUCCCAUCAGCACUGCAGAGCGAGCCUGUGGAGCAAGCAGAUGGUGUUGCAUCAGGUAGGGAGGGGCUACUGGCUUUUGAGGCGCCUCAAAACGUGGCAGCACAGCAGCGCAGAGCGUGCCUGUGGAGCAGCAAGCAGGUGGUGUCCCAUCAGGUAGGUGGUGUUGCAACAGCUAGGAGGGCUGCUCUGCCUGCCCCCACCUUUCCACCCUUCCCACCCACGUGCCCAUCACCCCUCUCCUCUUCCCCUCCCCCCACGCUCCCCCUUGUUUUUCCUUCUCUCUUCCCCCACCAUUUUCCCUCCCUCAACCCCCAUUCCCCUCCGGCCCCCAACACCGCCUCUUUUUCGUCGUUGGGAACCGAAGGCCAGAACCACCCACCUCAGAUGCCACCUUCACCAACUCAGCCGACCUUUUCCGCCGCCCAGCCAACAACGUCCUCCGAGCCCAGGGACGGAGAUUCAAACCAAUAUGCCACCUCCACCAACUCUGCCGGCCUUUCCGCCACCCAGUCGACGUCCUCUGAUCCCAAGGACGGGCGGGGCACCGCCCGCAAGUUCCGGCUGCACGAGCUGCGGGCGGCGACAUCGUCUUUUAGCAAGAAGGCGGUGCUGGGGCGGGGCAGCUUCGGGGAGGUGUAUCUGGGGAAGCUGGGCGGGAAGGAGAGCAAGGAGGUGGUGGAAGUGGCGGUGAAAAAGCUGAAUCCGGAGAGCUCACAAGGGCUGGACGAAUGGCUGCUUUGGGAGGAGUAUCUGGGGAAGGAGAGCAACGAGGUGGUGGAAGUGGCAGUGAAGAAACCGAAUUCGGAGAGUUCUCAGGGGCAUGAUGAAUGGCUGGCGGAGAUAGUGCUGCUGAGGAAGCUGCACCAUCCCAAUCUGGUGGAGCUCAUAGGCUACUGUGCAGAGAAGGGUGAGGCGCUGCUGGUGUAUGGGCUCUGCCCUAAUGGCAGCCUGGACGACCGCCUAUUCCCCCGUGAGUGCGCAGCUUCCCUGCCUAAUGGCUUUGAAGCACAUGCCAGCAUUCAGUGGCGGGAGGUCGAUAUCAUCAACUGGCCCACGAGCGUGUGGAUAGGGCGGAUGGAGGAAGGAGAGCAUUGA